AUGGACAGGCGUUUAAAAGACAUUCUCGACAUUCCCGACAUUCUUAACAUUCUCGACGUUUUCCAAAUUUUUGACAUUCUGGACAUUCCUAACAUAUUGGACAUAACCGACAUUCACCACAUUCUUGACACUCCCGACAAUCUUGACAUUCUCGAUAUACUCGACAUUCUUGACAUUCCCUACAUUCCCGACAUUCUCGACACUCUCGACAUUCCCGACAUUCCUGACAUUCUCGACAUUCUUGACAUUCUUGACAUUUUUAACAUUCUCGAUAUUCUCAACAUUCUCGACAUUUUCGACAUUUUUGACAUUUUCAGUAUUCUCGACAUUCCCGACAUUCGUGACAUUCUUGACAUUCCCGACAUUCUCGAUAUUUUCAACAUUCCGGACAUUCUUGACAUUCUCGACAUUCCCGACAUUCUUGACAUUCUACACUUUCUCGACAUUUUCCACAUUUCAGGCAUAACAAAUGAAAUUUAA